AUGGCAGGAAAGGAGGUUCGUUCGUAUAUUCUUAAAGAGUUUGGAGAUGACAUUACACAGCUUUGGAGAUCUAGAGAAUUAUUAGAAGAUAUUGAAAAAGAAGUGGAAACUAUAAAAUCGAAACUUUCUGAGAAGCGGCAUUCGUUAUCAGCAGAAGCUCAUGGAAUUCGUAGAGACUGUGAUGUGGCCAUUGGCCAAGCAAACUCACUUGUAGAGGAAAGAUUCGUCAAUGAAUUUGCUGCUCUCAAUUCUCAUCUAGAACAGGCACGUCCGUUAGCUGAGAGCGUUUCGUCGUUAGUAAAUCAAGUGGCUGACUUGGAAAAAUGCAAGAAGUAUCUCCAAUGGAUAUCAAAAGUUAAUCAGUUGAGUUCUGCGAUUAAGGAAUGUGUUGAUGCUGCAUCACAUUCGUCUGCAUUGGACUACCUGGAGAAUAUGUUGCAUAUCUCUAAAACUCUGCAGACUUCAUCUUGCUCACAUUUGAAAACGUGGGUUGAUCAUACUGUCAAUCAUUGGCAUGACCAACUCAAGAAGAAACUUUCUAGUGAAUUUAGUUUGAUUCUGGAGUCUCUAAACUGGCCAAUAAUUACAACAACGAAGUCUGUUCCGUUACCACAAGCUGAGCUUUCAAACUUGCAGCAAAAGCUACAUGAUUCUUUUGGAUAUCUGUUGCGACUGGGACAAAGGGAGCUUGCUACGUCAGGUGCAGAUUUUCAACAGCAGCUGGUCAUUUCACUUCCUAUAGAAAUGAUGGUAAUUCCACUGAGAAAGCGAUUUAAAUACCAUUUUUAUGGGAAGAGGCCUACGAAUGUAAUAGGCAAGCCUGAGUGGUACAUGAGACAGGUGAUGAACUGGCUGAGAGAUCACAGCAAGUUUCUUGUCACCAUCAUUCAACCAGUUAUGGAUUCUCUAAAUUGCAGAUCUACUGCAAAGAUGGAGUUUACAAAAGCAAUGCUGAAUUUGGCUGCUGAUAAGUUUUCAUAUGAUUCACCAAAGUUGUGUGAAGAUGGCAAUCUUCUAUCACAUGCUGUAGAUGAAAUAUUGCUAUUUCAUCAGGAGCUAAAUAUAUCCCAUGAUUUUCCAACCAGCCAACUGAAUAUUUUCCAUCUAUUAACAGAAGAAAGAUUCUUCAAUAAGUGGCUGGAAGUUGAGAAGCAAAAUGCUCAACAAAAGCUAAAGGCAUUUGUAUCAAGUCCUACAGCAUGGUGUUUGCAAUACAAAGAUAUGCAAGAUGUUGAUGAGCAACGAGUACCAGAAUGUGCAGAGACAUUAAUGACUUUCUUAUUUUCCAUUGAGGGUCGUUACAAAUACAUUUCGAACUUUUCAUGCCAAAGACAAUUUGUAGAUCUUCAGAAAGAACUUUUGGUGGUUUUCAGUGAUGAAUUGAUAAAUACUGCAAAGUUGGAGGCAAAGAACGCUAUAUCUCAACAUUUUAUUGUACUUAUCAAUGCAGCUAACUAUGUCUUGACCGUCGUUCGAGAAAAGGCAGAUCAACCGUUCUUUAUUGCAUUUCAUAAGCAGACUUGUAAAGAAAUGGGCAUGGAUGUAGACGGUGUGUUUUCAGAGACGGAGGUUUUGUACAUUGAUGUGAAGCAAGAGAUGCUGGAAAAUCUUGCUCACACUGUAGUAGACACAUUCAAGACCAAGAGCAAACCCUACAUGAAAGAAAAGUGGCAGGUAAUGGCCAGCAGAGAUGGUGCUCUGAGUCUUGAAUUGUCAUCAUCUGCAUGUGACAUGUUGGCUACUCUUAGGCUACAGAUGGAAAUAAUUCAUAAGGAACUUGCCGUUGCUCUCUUUCAGUCUUUUUGGAUACAUGUAGCUGAGAAGAUUGAUGAGUAUCUCUACAAAGAGGUUGUUUGCUCUUUGUUCUUCAAUGAAGCUGGAGCAAAGCAGCUGCACUUUGAUAUUACGAGGAAUCUCUUUCUUCUCUUCUCUGAAUAUACAUCUAAACCUGAGAACUUUUUUAAACUAACUAAAGAAUCAUGCCAUCUCUUAACUCUUUUACAAGGAUCUGGUGUUUUGUUACGAGAGGUGCUGCUAACUAGUGUGAAAGCAGCAUCGAAUUCUAGUGCUGAUGCUGAUGCUGAGACAUGUUUGAUUGAUGUCGGCGUUCACAAGUUGACCAGACAACAGGCUCUUGCAGUGUUAAUGAGGAGGGUCGAUUGGCUACAAAGUUGAAGAGUGGCAGCUACCUUGCAUCCUUUUACAGGUGCAAUAUGUUGGAACUUACGUAGUAGUUUUCUUACUAUUUCUGUCUGCUUGUACACAGACAGUUAUAAGUUGAUAUAACAAGGUAUCCCACAAAGUCUUUAUUCAGAGUCUUUAAACUUUGGUUUAGUGAUAUGGCUGCUAAACACGUCUUAAUUUCUAUGUGCAGUUGCUGUUCAUUAGUCUAAGUUGCAGAGUAGUUUGUACACAUGUAUGAACAGAGGGUGCAGUACUCAUUAUCAUUUUUGGGUUACACUCUUUAACAAAGUUGCCUAUUUGUCGAUUCCAAUUCCAAGAGGCAUACUACUAUAGUACUUAUAGUAGCUGUGUUUGACGUUGUUUAUAAUAUAAG